AUGGCGGAGUACGGUCACCACGGAGGACGCCGCGUCGACGCCUACGGCAAUCCGAUUCCGGAGUCGUAUAACACGACCGGCACCGCCACCGGUGCCCACGGGACGACCGGCGUCGGACCUUACGGGACGGCGCACCCGCAGGGGGGAGUGGCAGGGGCUGCGGGCGGCGGCGGCCACGGGCAGCUGAUGCCGGGAAGAGAGCGCGGCCACCGCCGCUCCGGCAGCAGCUCGAGCUCGAGCUCGUCGGAGGACGACGGGAUGGAAGGGAGGAGGAAGAAGGGCAUGAAGGAGAAGAUCAAGGAGAAGAUGCCCGGCGGCCACAAGACAGCUGACGACGAGCACCGCUACGCCGGCCAGACUGCACCGAUGACGACGGCGACUGCGCCGCCGACUGCUGCAGAAGGCUGCCAGGGGAGGAAGGGCAUGAUGGAGAAGAUCAAGGAGAAGCUGCCUGGAGGAGGCCANAUAUAUGCUUUGAGGAAAAUAAUUUCGUUGCGCUUACUUGUACGGAAAUAUAUUUUAAAAAAAAAUAUGUCGUCGGAGUACGGUCAACAUGGAGGACGCCGCGUCGAUGAGUACGGCAAUCCAAUUCCGGGGGUGUAUAAUGCGACCGGCGCCGGCCCCGGUGCCCACGGGACGACCGGCGUCGGACCUUACGCGACCGGCGCCGGCACCGGUGCCCACGGGACGACCGGCAUCGGACCUUACGGGACGGCGCACCCACAGGGGGGAGUGGCGGCCGCGGGCGGCGGCGGCCAUGGGCAGCUGAUGCCGGGGACCGAGCGCGGCCACCGCCGCUCCGGCAGCGGCUCCAGCUCGAGCUCGUCUGAGGACGACGGAAUGGGAGGGAGGAGAAAGAAGGGCAUAAGGGAGAAGAUCAAGGAGAAGAUGCCCGGCGGCCACAAGACCGAGGACGAGCACGGCUACGCCGGCCAGACUGCACCGGUGACGACGCCGGGGACGGCGGCAGAAGGCGGGCACGAGAAGAAGGGCUUGAUGGACAAGAUCAAGGAAAAGCUGCCUGGAGGAGGCCACUAGUUAAGUUUUUGUGCAUAAAAAUCCAAGUUUCAAUAAUGGUGCAUGCAUGUUUUGAAGUGCAUGUUUUGAAUUGUCUAAGUUUGUGUUAAUUUGUGAGAGUAUUUGCUUUUUUUUUUGUGUUUGUGAGAAUAAAGGAGUGUGUGGGUGGGUCUAUGUACUCUUGUAUGUUGCUUCUAAGAAGCUUCUACAAAUUCUUUAAUUUGGGAUCUCAUGUUUCGUGAUUCA